AUGUGGGAUCAACUCGAGCCCACAACUCCUCAUGUGGCCUAUCUAACCUUCUCGUCGUUCCUUCUCGUAUACGCCCUCUUCUCCCAGUUCAUCAAAGACAACCUACACAUCUCUGAGCCUCCACUUGCGGUCACCUUUGGCAUCUUACUUGGUCCAUAUGCCUUCGAUCUAAUUACACCCGAUCGCUGGGGUAUGGACGACGGAAUGGUACAGGAGCUCACCCGAGUUAUUGUCGGCAUACAGUGUUUCGCGGUUGGAAUUGAGCUGCCGAAGCAUUAUUUCUGGAGGCAUUGGAAAUCAGUUUUGUAUUUCCUUGGGCCUGUCAUGUUCUGCUCUUGGGUCAUCACUUCCUUGUUCGCAUACCUGAUAUUCAAGACCGGCGUUGCUACUGCCUUGAUAAUCGGAGCCUGUCUAUCACCCACCGAUCCAGUUCUUGCAGCAAGUGUAUUGGCCCAAUCGAGAUUCAGCAAAAGAGUCCCAAAACGAUUGAAGCAUCUCCUCGCCGCCGAGUCAGCUUGUAACGACGGUGUCUCCUUCCCAUUCUUAUACACCGGGAUCAUGGUCCUCAAAUUCGCUAGUGCAGGGAAAGUAAUUGAGCAAUGGUUCCUCAUCACAAUACUAUGGCAAUGCGCAUUUGGCCUCAUCCUAGGUUUAAUUAUCGGCAAUUGCGCUAACAAACUCCUUCGCUUCUCCGACAGCAGGAAAUACAUCUCCCAGCCCGCCUUUGUCGUCUUCUACCUACUACUUGCCAUCCUAUGUGUAGGCGUGGGCUCCAUACUCGGGUCGGACGAUUUUCUCAUAGCUUUUGGUGCCGGUGUUGGGUUUGCCCAUGAUGGCUGGUUUUCAAAAAAGACGGAAUCAUUGCCAUUCCCAACGAUAUUGGACAUGGUACUCAACUCCAGCAUGUUCGUCUUCUUUGGCACUAUUAUUCCCUUCAGGGAUUUCAAACCUCGGGAUGUAACUCCGAAUUGUGGCAUCUGGCAGCUUUGUCUUUUCGUCAUCCUCGUUCUCCUAUUUCGCCGUAUCCCCAUUGUUAUUGCCAUACAUCGCUUUAUCCCAGAUGUCAGGACUUUCCGAGAAGCUUUGUUUUGCGGACAUUUCGGACCCAUGGGUGUCGGUGCACUGUUCCUAGCCAUGGAAGCUCGCGCCGAGUUGGAGACUGGAACAGGAGUCCCACAUAAAAAACCGGGGAAAGGAACGUUCCCGCUCACGGGGAGAGAAGAGGCAGUUUUCUUGGUCUGGCCGGUUAUCUGCGCUACAGUGCUUGGGAGCACGAUGGUGCAUGGGCUAAGUACACUGGGAAUUAGUGUUUAUGGGCACUUUUUGACACCAAAAGAGGAAAGAGCGCCGCUGUUGGGGCAACAGACAGAUGGGUUGGAUGCUAUGGUUCAUGAAGGUGGUGGAGGGGAGAGUGAGCCGGAGAUCAGUGGUAGUGAUGAUGAUCAUGAUGUUUAA